AUGUUAGCUAAAAUCUCCGAGGGUCCUUUAAGUUCGAGAAACGUUCUCGAGCGGAAUCUUUUGAAAAUUGACGAGUCAGUCGUGGAAACUCUAGCUGCCAACUUUUACGCCUUGGACCUUUUGCUAUCCUUAGAGCCAGAUUCGCCAAUCACUGAGAAAGCCCUCUCAGUAGGCACGAAUGACGUUCGCUCAAUGCGUGUGAUGCCGAAUGCUCGAGGAAAUGCUUUGUACGUCACAGAGAAUGUUUUGAAGGCUGCAGCACAAUCACAUUCUUGUCAGGAGCUUACAACACGCUCUCGCGAUGCCGAGGAGGUCAUUGCUCACAUCCAAAAAUUCACCAAGCGCGAUCGCAAGUCAUCUAAACGCAGUGGGAGCGAUGAUACAGCGUCUACAAAAAGAAUCACUCAACCAGAGCGCUCAAGGCAUGCCAACGAGCUGGUUCAUCGGGCUCUCCGCGAGCAGAUGUGCUGCACCUGCCAGAGUAAUAAAAUGACGAAACAGAUGCAGAGAGAACAUAUGGUGUGCCUCUUGCUACAACCACCCGCUCAACAAGCGACCAGCAACAGCUUGGUGCAAUUUGAUAUGCUUUUCUCGUCCACUCCAUUCUGGAACGAACCACAGCUGAGCCACUGGCAAGAUAUACAGCUGCUUGUGCCAAGCAGUAGUAAUACCAGCAACAAGAAACGCGCCCGAUUCGCCGAUGCAGACGGUUGUGAUAAAGAUGACCAUGCCAAUACCAUGCCUGCAAAACAACUGCUGCGAGUCGACCAAGGUCAAUUCUGUAGCCUGGUUGGUCUGGGGGCCGACUGGCGCCUUUGCCUCUCGAUUCAGGAGGGGGAACUUCUCCACUGCUUUGAGCCACUCAAGCAGAUAGUCGAGCAUACCCCUGGCAUAUCUUUGGCCAAGAUUCUCAGUAACUACUACCUGACGGCACGAAUGAAGCUUGUUUUAGCCUAUAUAAUAGCCUAUUCUGUCUGGCAGUACUACGAUUCAGACUGGAUGAAGACAAAAUGGACAAGCGAAACUAUUCAGUUUAUGAGGGAAAGCAAUACCUCUGGGGAGAAGGGCAAGCUCUUUACCUGGAAACCUUAUCUAUCAGUACAUUCCAACGACGAAGACCCCCAGUGCUAUGAAUACCAUAAGGCUGCUGGAAUAGUUCAUGCCUACCCAAGGAUUAGGGCGCUCGGUAUUAUGUUGGUUGAGAUAGGUAUCGGGUUUCCGCUUCACGAGGAUGAGAAACAGGCGCAGCCCUUGGCUGCCAGAGUGAAUAGCGAACUAUUCAAAGCCUUCAAUUACGCCAAGGAUGAGAAGCGCUGGAAGGAUUUUGACUACCCCGACUAUAUGAGUGCAGUUCGUCACUGUCUAGAGCCUGACACCUUCGACCAGGCACCUUACGUUGAAGAAUCAUCCACUCGUGAAUGGAAGGAGGCCCUCAAGCAACGCAGAAACAUUUUGUACGACAAAGUUGUGUUUCCACUUGAGGAUCUGCUACAGGGCACGAAGUGGAUGGAUGAUUUUACCAAAAUCGCGCCGCUGGAUAUGCCUUCCAAAGUCACGGCAAUUCAGGAACCUACUGUGGUACCGGAGAAUCCCAAGGAACGCAAAGUGCUAAAUCCCAAGCAAAAGCGCACUAAAAAUGAGAGAUGUGCUAGCGAAUGGCUCUUACGCCUGAAAGGUUUCAAUAGAGAGCUGGCUCAAGUUGCACCAGCAGUUGGACUAAAAGACCCAUCGCGACGAGUACGUAUCGCGGUUCUGGACACUGGAUACGAUGAUAAUGCUCCCUUUUUCUUUUUGCCCGAUGUCGAGGGGCGGUUAAAAGGCUGGAAAGACUGGGUUGAUGGGUCUGAUCAACCCAAAGAUCUUCAUGGUCAUGGCACUCAUUUGGUGUCUCUUGUGUUGAAGUGUGCUCCCGAAGCCGAUAUCUAUGUAUCACGCAUUGCCGAAAGUCCUAAUCAGCUCCUGGAUUCUAGCAAGAAUGUUGCAAAAGCGAUUUCUUGGGCAAGUCGAGACUGGGAGGCCGACAUUAUCUCCAUGUCGUUCGGCUUUGCGGACGAGCAGCCGUGCAUCAGUGACGCCAUCCGGGAAGCCGUAUACGAGCGAAAAGAUUCUAUUCUUUUCUUUGCAGCGGCGUCCAAUUACGGGGCCAACGACAGAGAGAUGUUCCCCGCCAGACACGACUCCGUCAUCUCGAUCCGCGGGACAAAUGCGAACGGAGACUUUGAAGAUUUCAACCCCCCUAAGAGCCAAGAUGAAGUAGCAGUUUUCGGCACUCUUGGCUUGGAUGUCCCCUCUGCGUGGGCCAACUCUGAUUAUGACGAGUACAAAUCUGGAACAUCCAUUGCUACUGCCAUAGCGGCCGGCAUAGCAGGGUCUCUCCUAGGAUACAUUAGUUCUCACCCUCCCGAGAAGCCAUUCUAUAAUGUCAAAUACCGAGCAUGGACACGUCGGGGAAUGCUUGCAAUCUUCAAGGUCUUAUCAUCCAACACGCUCAAGGCAGGGUAUUUAUACCUGACGACAUGGGACUUGAUAGGUACAUCGGAGGAUGUCCGGUGGGCGAAACUAGGAGGCGCAUUGUCCGAGCUUUGA